AUGCACUUUAUCAAAUCCCUCCUUUCCCUCGGUCUCCUUUCUCUUCUCCGGUACCAUGCUGCCCUCGCUCUGCCCACCAUCAGCGACGACACCAUCAAUGACGACACCACCAUCAACGACGACACCCUUAUCCCCAGAGUAAUGAUUCCCAAGGACCCAAACAUGAACUUCGACCCUAACAACAAACCCAACGUCACCAAAUACAGCAUCACCGACAACCCCGAUCACGACGUGACCCUCAUCUGCCCUUCCCCCCGCGCGCUCCUCAGUUCGGGUCCACCUCCGGAGCCUGGAAGGUUCUCAACCACCUUAGGUCGCUGGACAACGGUCCGCCUCUCCCCGACGACAUUAAGCACGCGGACGGGUGUGAACGGAUAG